AUGAGCAGCUUUUUCGACAGCAAGCUUUGGAACAAUUUGGUGCUUCCCAUGAGCCAUUCUGAGCGGGCUGUUACUCAUGCUGUUGUUGCACUGAGUGCACUACAUGAGGAUAUAGAGGCAAGAGGUGUACCGCUAGCCAGGGUAGAAUUAACGAAUCAGCGUCAACGAUUCGCACUCGAACAGUACACGCGAGCUUUGUCUCUACUCAAUACCCGCCGACAUUCGAACGACCCGAAAUUGCGAGACGUUGUUUUGACGUGUUGUCUUUUAUUUGUUGUCUUCGAACUAGUUCGCGGUCUGUACGAUGAAGCUUUUGUACAUCUGCAGCAGGGACUCUCGUUGCUAAGUUCCUUGAAAGCGGCAGAUACAAAGUCCCAAAGCUUGUCCGUUUCGGAUUCAUCAAAGUACAUUGAGACGUCCCUCUCGGAUGCAUUGAUGCACUUGCAUAUUCAAUCUUCAUUUUUUGGAGCUGACUUUUCUGAUCCUCGAUUCAUUCGCCCCAAGUCCGAAGACACUGCAGACUUUCGCGAUAUCACAGAAGCCCGAGAAGAACUUGAUAUACUCUUGCAGCCUGUCUCUCGUUUCAUGACCGCGGUCAGACUGUUGGCUUCCGAAGGAGGGCCUUCGAAUUCGAAUGUCACGCGACUAGAUGUCGCACAUAUGCAAGCCGAUCUGCGGAUCGAACUUGCAAGAUACUUGCACCGACUAAAUAAAUUCGAGACUCGAGUGCGGGGCUCAUUAGAUAACAAGUCUCAGCGUGCAGUUGACUUGAUCCGACUACACCACAAGACAUUCGCGGUAGUCCUAGAGACGUACAUUGAUAUAGAAGACAUGACAUACGACUUUCAUAUCGAUGGCUUCAAAGAAAUAGUCAAAAUGUCCGAGCAAAUAGCGAAAAGCUUCGACGAGCAAUGCGAUCCCAACAACAAUAACAGUCAUUCUCGUCCAACUCUCUUGCUAGACAUGGGCAUCAUUCCGCCUCUAUUGUACGUGUGCCUCACCUGCCCCUGUGUAGAUACACGUCGACAAGCCCUGAGAUGUCUCAAGGCAUGGCCGCACCGAGAAGGGCCUUGGGACUCGAAUUUGAUUGCGCUGAUGGGAAGGCUCACCCUUCAAGUUGAGAUUGAAGAAGAAUUCAAGCGAUUGUCGACUACUACUGCCACCAAAAUCGCCUCGUUACGAGAUAUCACAUAUAUACCGCCGCCAUCGCGAAUAUUUAAUGUCCAUAUGACUAUCACCGAUGACCAAAUGACUGGGAUUUUCAUGUACAACACCAAAGAGCGAGGUCCUGGUAUGCCGCAUUUAGAGAGACGGGUGGCGAUAGAUGAGGCUAUUUAG